CCCGGGCGCGUGCCCGGACCUGCCCAACGGGGGAGCGUUCCAUCCCCCCCCCGCCCGCGCGCUCCUCCCGCUACGUCACUCGAGGAAGACGAAGGAAGCCGCCAUGUCGGACGCGGCAGAUUCGCCAUAACCUUUUCGCCGCCGCGGCCUGUACGCCGCCGUUUUAAUAAUAAUAACAGCUUAAUAAUGCGCGCCCGCGUAUAGAUACGUAUUUAUUUAUUUUAAACAAAAUAUUAGCGCCCCUCGAAUUUGAGCGCAGGGUAUGGCGGCGGCGGCGCUUUUCCUGAGGGGACGAAAGUGCUAGUUCUUCCCCUCUUUUUUAAUUCUACGGUUUUUAUUACCACCCCUCGCCCUCCUCAUAUCCGGCCAUGGAAGCUCCGUCGGCAGGAAACAGAUCCAUCUUUAUGUGCAAGCUCUGUAACUUAUUUUCCCCGAACCAGUCACAACUGCUGUCUCAUGUCUCCGAGAAGCAUUCCGAAGAAGGGAUUAAGGUGGAUGACAUCGUUAUUCCUCUCAGACCUCUUACGACGCCAGCAAAUCUAAAUAAAAACGGAGAAGAGCUUCUCGUAGUGAAGAGGAAAAGAGGCAGGCCGAAAGGAUCGACCAAGAAAUUUUACGCUGAUGAAGAACUGGCAGAAAGCAGCAACUGCGCUCCAAGCGAGGCUGCUCCAGUGGGACCCGAGGAAGGAGGGGAGUUGGCGGAAGUUCCGCCAGGCAACCUGGAAUGCCGGAAGUGCAACCGGAAAUUCUCCAAUUCCCGGCAGCUACGGAAGCAUAUCUGCAUUAUCGUCAAACCCGAAGAUUUGGAGGAGGAAGGUGAUGCAGGUAAUGAUUCUGACGUUGACCUUGACAGGAGGGAAGAUGAGCGAGAACGAACACCAAAGAGGCAACGGCUUCAGAGAACCGAGAAGAGCCUUUCAGCGAAGGACGCAGACCAGCUCUCGGGAGCUAAGAAUCCUAUUAUAAGUGUAGUUCUGACAGCCCACGAAGCAAUUCCAGGAGCUACAAUAAUAGUUCCAGUCGAGGCUGCUGCUACUCCUGAAACGGAACAGCCAGCAAACCCAGAGACAGUACCGCCAGACUCCUCUCAGCGAAGGGGCUACCAGGAAUAUGCCAUUCAGCAAACCCCUUACGAGCAACCGAUGAAAUCAAGCAGGUUGGGCGCAACCCAGCUGAAGAUCUUCACCUGCGAAUACUGCAACAAGGUGUUCAAGUUCAAGCACUCGCUCCAGGCCCACCUGAGGAUCCACACCAACGAGAAGCCUUACAAGUGCUCGUUCUGCAGCUACGCCAGCGCCAUCAAGGCCAACCUGAACGUCCACCUGCGGAAGCACACGGGGGAGAAGUUCGGCUGCGACUACUGCCCCUUCACCUGCCUGAGCAAAGGCCACCUCAAGGUGCAUGUGGAGAGAGUCCACAAGAAGAUCAAGCAGCACUGCCGCUUCUGCAAGAAGAAGUACUCGGACGUCAAGAACCUGAUCAAGCAUAUCAAGGAAGCGCACGACUUGCAAGACAAGAAAGUGAAGGACGUCUUUGACGAGCUCCGGCUGAUGACCCGCGAAGGGAAGAGGCAGCUGCUGUACGACUGCCACAUCUGCGAGCGCAAGUUCAAGAACGAGCUGGACCGCGACAGGCACAUGGUGGUCCACGGGGACGAGAGACCCUUCGCCUGCGAGCUGUGUGGCCACGGAGCCACCAAGUACCAAGCGCUCGAGCUUCACGUCCGAAAGCACCCGUUCGUCUACGUCUGCAGCGAGUGUUCGAAGAAGUUCGUCAGCUCCAUCAGGCUCCGCUCACACAUCAAGGAAGCGCAUCGGGACUUGCAGGAGGCUUCCGUUUUUAACAGCUCCAUCAACCAGAGCUUUUGCCUCCUGGAACCAGGAGGGGACAUUCAGCAAGAAGCCCUUGGGGAGGAGUUGUCGCAGACCGCGGCUGAGCUCUCGCUUUUAAACUCGAAGGAGCUGUGUAUAUCGAAGAAGUCGGGCGAAUCGAGUGCGGCAGAAGGAAGCCAGGAUGAGGACCCCGGUGGCAAUUUGGAAACUUUCCCUGCUCCUCCUGUAGAAUCUGAUAGCUCUCCAGUUGCAAGUGGAACAGAUUCACAGUGCCAGCCUGCGGCAGAAUUAGCCUUGCCAGAUGUGUACCCAAUUAGCGCUUCGGAUGACCUUCUACAGAAAAGUGCUCCUUUGGCUUUGGAUGAAGCGAAGACCCUCCCUGGAAAGGACUUGUCUCCUGACCCUUCAUUAAAUUCGAAAGGCGAACUAAUGCAGAUUUCUGGAGAUGGGAGCCCCAGUAUAAACCAGAACGAGCAAGUUCUGCAGUGUGCUCCUGUCCCUGAAGAAGAGGGCCAAACCCUCUGUCUAGGUGCUCAGGAAGCUGACAAGUCAGCUGCUGAAAAAGCAGACUCCCCCACGCCAAUGUCCCACCCGGAAUCCAACACCGCCAUCAGCGAGAAUUCAGAUUCUUGCACAUUGCCUUCAGAGAAUCGGACCGGAGCUGCGGCCUUUAUGCAGAUUUUGGAUAGUUUGCAAAAACGGCAGAUGAACACCGCCUUGUGCGAGAAGAUCAGGAAAGUCUACGGAGACUGGGAGUGCGAAUACUGUGGCAAGUUGUUUUGGUACCAGGUGCAUUACGACAUGCACGUCCGCACUCACACGCGAGAGCACCUCUACUACUGCUCUCAGUGCAGCUACUCAUCCAUCACCAAAAACUGCCUUAAACGACACGUCAUCCAGAAGCACAGUAACAUUUUGCUGAAAUGUCCCACAGAAGACUGCGAUUAUUCCACCCCAGAUAAAUACAAACUCCAGGCCCAUCUGAAAGUGCACACGGAGUUGGACAAAAAGAGUUAUUCCUGCCCUGUGUGCGAGAAAUCUUUUACGGAAGACCGACUUAUAAAAUCGCACAUAAAGACAAACCACCCAGAGGUUUCCAUGAACACCAUCUCCGAGAUUGUUGGCAGGAGAGUUCAGCUGAAAGGGCUGAUAGGAAAGCGAGCCGUGAAAUGCCCCUAUUGCAAUUUUUACUUCAUGAAGAAUGGAUCAGACCUUCAGCGUCACAUCUGGGCCCAUCAAGGCAUCAAGCCAUUCAAAUGCUCCCUGUGCGAAUAUGCCACUCGCAGCAAGAGCAACCUGAAAGCUCACAUGAACCGCCACAGCACUGAGAAGACCCACCUGUGCGAUAUGUGCGGGAAGAAGUUCAAAUCCAAAGGCACCCUGAAGAGCCACAAGCUCCUCCACACCGCCGAUGGGAAACAGUUCAAGUGCACAGUGUGCGAUUAUACUGCCGCACAAAAGCCACAGCUGCUGAGGCACAUGGAGCAGCAUGCUUCGUUCAAGCCUUUCCGGUGUGCACACUGCCAUUAUUCCUGCAACAUAUCUGGUUCUCUGAAGAGACAUUAUAACAGGAAGCAUCCCAACGAAGAGUAUGUUAAUGCUGGCUCUGGAGAGCUUGCCGCCGAAACCCUUCUCCAGCAAGGUGGCAUUAAGUGUCCAGUUUGCAACUUCGUGUAUGGUACAAAGUGGGAAUUCAACCGACACCUCAAGAACAAACAUAGACUCAGAUUGGUCGAGUAUGAUGGGGAGACAAAGUGGGAGACCAAAGCAGAAAUUCCUGAAGAAACGCAGUAUCUCCAUAUCACGGAAGCUGAAGAUAUGCAAGGAACUCAGGCCGCAGUUGCUGCUCUACAGGACCUGCGAUAUACCUCGGAGAAUGGGGGACGACUUGACCCCACGGCUGUGAACAUCCUGCAACAGAUCAUAGAGCUGGGCUCAGAGCCCCACGACGCAGCUGCUGUCGCCUCUGUCGUUGCCAUGGCCCCAGGAACUGUUACUGUCGUGAAACAGGUGACAGAAGAGGAGCAGUCAGCCAACCACACGGUGAUGAUUCAGGAAACACUGCAGCAAGCUUCCGUCGAGCUGGGCGAGCAGCACCAUUUGGUCGUCUCCUCUGACGAGGUGGAAGGGAUCGGGACAGUGACAGUCUACACCCAGGGGGGAGAGGCCUCUGAACUUAUAGUGUAUGUGCAAGACAUGCAGUCUGUGGAGGAGCAGGUGGAAGAGCAGGAGGAGCCUGGACAGAAAAUCUAGAUAAAAUUCCCAAGGGAGACCAGCCUUCUGGUACCGCCCAACUGCUGCAUGCUUUGUUUUCCAAUGUAUAUUUAAUGUUGGGCAAGAACAGAACCUCCCACAGCUGCUACUCUAUCAUAUCUUUAGUCUUUGGCAGAUGGCGCACGUGGUUGUUGACUGGACUGGUGGCUUCUUCUUUUUGCCAGGAAACGUUUUGGUACGUACUGAGCCAUGCGCAACUUCCUUUCACAUGGCGCUACUCCCCUGCUCGUAAGGAACGCCUGAAGUCGCAGCAAGCAGAUCCAUGCAGAUGGAUGGUCAUGACCACUACCUUCUGGGAUAAAAGAUACUUUUCCUAGAGCAAGAGGUGAACCAAAAAAGAAAGCUAGAGGAGGCAAUGGCAGUGGACAGCACUUGAUAAACGCUAAAAUGCGUGUGUGUUAUGCACUUUAAGAAGACUGUAGAUGGAAAAGGACAAUUUUAGCAAUCGCCCGGAAAGUUCAGAUUUUAAGACUUGCCAAGCAACAGGCCCUGCAGCGAAGCUGUUCAGAAGAACAGGCUCCAUUGGGUUGGGUUCACUCGACAUGCAGAAAAUGUGGUGGUGUGAAUCAGAUCCAGCUGUUCUUCAGUGCCGCUUCCUAAACGGUUUUUCUAAAUGGUGUUCAGCAUUUUAACCUCCCCAAAGACAGCUUUCCUUCCUUUUGUCACUGUGAAUUGUUGAAGACCCGAGAUCAUUACCCGAAGAAAUGUGUUCUCUUUUAUCUUGUAUCUUUUAAUCUUUUAAACCGGGACUCUGUGCCAGUGAGCAUGCCACGUUUUUAUUUGGAUGGGAUCUAAUCUGACAUGCGAGUGAAAAGAUCCCACCUCUAAGGGUCUUUCAGAUGCACAGUCCCUUCCGAAAUGCAAGUGUUUUAUGGUUGUGACAUAUUUUGGACACAUAUAUUGGAGAUAUAUAGUGGAUUUCUUCCCUUCUUUUUUUUUCUAUCCGUGAAGCAUUCUUUCCUUGUCUCCCCCUUUCCUUUUUUGCAAGCAAUAGCAAUAACUUCAGAAAUAUAUAUUUUAAAAAAUCA